AUGGGUAGCGAGCCCACGAUGGCCUCCUCAUCAGCAAAAACACAGCCAUCGUCCCGAAUAAUCAGCAGACCAAAUUCCCUAGAGCUUCAUAGGGUGUAUCGUGCAUCUAUUGGUAGUAGAAUAUCCCAACAUUUCACGCAGAGAGCGAAUAUUCUCAGAGCUACUAUUGGGUAUGUUCGUUGGGUGUAA